GACACGUCCGAGGCUCGGUUCUUAUCCACAGCUUUUUAGCAGGAAAAGUUUUAUCUACAAAUUACAAAUCGUUCCGAGGCACAAACUCUAAAUACAGAGUGUGACAAAGGAAACAAAAAAUUCUGCAAAAUUCCAAAGCAACCACUUUUAGAAGGAUUGCUGUUCUCUUUUCUUUUAUCUCUUGACACCAUGGGAGGAAUCUCGGGCUUUCUAACAAAUUUUCCCCCUUUUAUCUACUUUUUGUUGUCUCUCCUUGAAAGAAUCCCUGUCAAAUUGCCCAUGCAAAUUGAAAAAAUGGUUUCUCGUGUUUCUUAUGCUCGCACCGGCAGGCACUUGCAGCGCUAUGAUAACAGAGGCUUUCGAUUAGUUGUUGGAUGCAUUCCGUACAGAUAUAGGAAAACGAAAGACGCAACUUCAAACGAUGAAGCGAUUGAAGUUCUUGUAAUUAGUGCACAGAAUAGUGAAGGAAUGUUAUUCCCCAAGGGGGGUUGGGAAAAAGAUGAAUCCAUGGAAGACGCAGCCAUUCGAGAGACGUUUGAGGAAGCUGGUGUGAUUGGCGAUAUUGAAUGCGAAUUAGGUAAAUGGUCAUAUAAAAGCAAAAGGCAGAGUAUAUUCCAUGAAGGCCACAUGUUUGCUUUGCUUGUCAAGCAAGAGUUAGAUCGCUGGCCUGAGAAAAACAUCCGGAAACGGAAAUGGGUGACAGUCUCUAAAGCUAGAGAAGAAUGCCCACAUUUGUGGAUGAGGGAAGCUUUACAAGAGUUAGUUCACCGCCAUAUGCAGCCUCGGCCAAAGGAGGAAGUAAAGGAAACAGCCUGCAAGAAGAACACUUAGCAAGCAUGGGGUUUUUCUUUGAAUUUGUGAGAUUAGAAGGAUAGAUCAAUGUAAAUGAGGGGACAUCGGCAUUCAACCUUGCAAGAGAAGGGAAUUUUGGAGAUUAAGCUACUAAUUUAGGAUGUUCCAACUGCUUUUUCCAUCAUUCUGGAUUCUGAAUGGAUUCGAUGAAACAGAUGGAAAUUUUUUGAAUGUUUGUAAGGCAGAAAAUCUGAAAUGUACAAAUAUCAAUUGUUGUUUUUUUAUUCUUUUCAGUAUGUAGAAAAUUUUGAUUCAUUCUUUCAGUUCAAUAUAAUUUUGAAGAUACUUAUUUCAAUUCAGUGGAUUUGUCGUUUGAAUCAA